AUGAACGAAGCAGGGAUGACUUCACCAAAACCGGAGAAGAACCUGUUGAAAAUAGCCAUUUCGAAGAAGAAGAACAUAGAACAGCAAAAAGAAUAUGAUUUAUCCAGAAGAGCACAGAUCGACCUUGAAAGGCUUAUCUCGGAAAUCAAAGCGCAAGAAUCUGUGGAUCUUAUUGGUGAGCACCCAGCUGCAGCAACCAUCGAUCUGCCAAGGGUAAGGGAAGUGGGAAACAUUCUUCCUAUAAAGUCAGUUAAAAGUGAAUUAAACAUUGGUUUCAGGCUACCAUAAGC